CUGUAUAUGUGAGCGAGUUCUAUACUGCACCAUUUCUCAGCAACACCUUGUCCGUAUCGUCAGAAAUGUUGUGUAGCAGAAUAACAAGCGCGGUGUUCAAUCUAUUCCACAAGCAGCAGUUUGCUUCCUAUUUGUAGUGCACAAUUCUACACAAUCAACAUAAAAGCAGCAUUUACCAAGACCAGGUAAAAUGAAGUCCAGGCUGUGGUGAAAGCCUCCUAAAGUCCCAUCUCUUUCCGUUCCCAUCUGUAACUGCUCCUCCACAGCCGGGGCAGGGAGCUCCAUCAAAAACUCACUCAUUCCCACCCUGCCACUUCAAAAAGCCAUUAAUCUGCUGUUAGCCAAUCAACAACUGCUGUCCUGUGCAAUGACCAAUGAUAUGCUCCAGCAUUCUCUGCACUCGUCCAAUCCUGGCCCGGCAGGAUAGUGUUGGGCCAGGGUUAUCAGGAGAGGGUCAGAUAUCUGUAAGGUAGUUCUUAUUUAUGAUCUGAGAGCAAGGAGCUGCCUUGAGGGCAGUAGAGGUCUGAAGUGAGGAAGUGAGAGUGGUGGUAGGUUAAAGGUGGUGAGAUAGCUGCUGUUGACUUUGGCAGGAAGGAGAGCAGGACUCUAUCAAGAAAUGGAACAGAACAGGUAGAAUUUGAGUGAAAUAAAGAUAUUUCAUUUAGGGGUUUAAGCACUUUGAGCUGCCCCUAAAGCAGAACUAAGGUAGAGGGAAACACCUCGGGAAACUUUGUGGCGUAAUAAGGAACGACCAGUAACAACCUUCCCAAAACUUACCAAAGAAAGUCCAGUAUUACAGUUUUCUUCAGGAGGGUAUUUCAACCCAGACCCUCGGACCACCUGAGGACGUUUGAUGUGAUUUAAAGACCUUCUUCAAACUUUCACCCUGGAGCCGUCGUUACUGGACAAAGACGAGGGACAGACACUGGUUCCCAUGGAGUCCAAUCUCUCUGGGACUUUCCUCUUCAACAACAGUCUGAACCAGUUCCCCUCGGACAUCAAGGCACCCGUGUGCCAGUACUCAGUGUCUAACUCCUUUUACAAGCUCGGCCCCACCAACCUCAACGCCCAGCUGCAGGCGGGCACCCCGCACGGCAUCUCAGACAUCCUCAGUCGAUCUAUGAUGGGAGCUCCUAAUAACACCAGCCUGAUCCCAGGAUAUUCCACCAUGGGCAGCUUUGGCACGACCAUGUCCAGCCCAGGCGUGUAUUAUAACCGGGAUUAUGCCCCUGCAGGACUGGGCACUUUCCCCAAAGCCAGCGCAGAGUGCCCGGGCAUGAAGGGAAGGAGCAGCAGCUGCUGGGUGGAUGGAGGGUACGACUGGAGAGGGGGAAGACAACAGUGCAGCAACACAGACAUGGGUCAUCCUGCAGAGACGGUGGGCAGAAAGAAGCACACGAGACCCACCUUCAGCGGACACCAGAUCUUCGCCCUGGAGAAAACCUUUGAGCAGACCAAGUAUUUAGCAGGACCAGAGAGAGCACGGCUGGCGUAUUCACUGGGCAUGACCGAGAGCCAGGUUAAAGUGUGGUUUCAGAACCGACGUACGAAGUGGCGCAAGAAGAGUGCGUCCGAGCCGAGCUCCACACAGGCCAACCGGACGGAGAGCGGCCGGGACGGCUCUGAAAACGAGCUGGAGGACGAGGAGUACAACAAACCACUGGACCCCGACUCAGACGACGAGAAGAUCCGCCUGCUGCUGCGUAAACACCGCAGAGCGUUCUCCGUUCUGCGUCUGGGACCACACCACGUCUGAUACAAUACACACACACACACACUCCACGCUGUUUACCAGAGGUGGGCAAGACUAGGCCAGCACCAUACACCUGUAAAAAUUUCAAAAGAAAUGUGCUACAAAUGUUUUAUUAAGUGAUGCCACACACACAGUGCAGAAGUUUUAAAGAAUUAUGUAUGAAAUUUCACCAGUAGCAUCCCACAGCGAGCCUGACUACAAACAAAAACUAAAGUGUUGCCAAGCACUUUUUUUUUCUUGCAAAAUAGAUGUUGUGACAAGUGUGCUGAUAAGUGCUGAUAUGCAGCAAAAGCACACUAAAGAAUAUGGAUGACAAAAUGGAUAAAGAGCAGUGUGUGUUUAACUCCACCCUCAGCUUUCGCUUCAUCCCGUGUCUUCUUUUCUUAUUGGCUGUAUUACUGAGAGAUCCAGAGUUUUAACCUGACAUAUUGAGAUAUUUGUUGGGGGCUUGCAAGGCAUUUAUGAUCACUCACUGAUCUCUUGGAUCUCAUAUCUUUCAGCUUUUCACUCAUAGCGGCUGAAGGCCAAUUUAUACUUCUGCGUCGAACCUACAUCGUAGCCAAGCUGUAGCUUGACACGCACCUUUCUGGAAAUGUAACUACAUGUCAGGCGACACAGUCGCAGCUGGCAUUGGUCUGCCGGACCUUGCGCCUCCGCCUUCAGGGUUUAAACUGCGUAGAGCACAGAGCUGCGUAGCUGGAUACGCAUAGGCUAUGACAUAAGUUUUUGGUGCAGAAGUAUACAUUAGGCUUGUUCCAUCACUGAGCGAACAGCGAUUUUACUUUACUUUUGUCAGCAAUCUACCAAUAAAAAUGUGCAGUUGAAUACAGACUUGCUUGCUGUACUAGUUUAUUCCUACAUAUUAGAAACCUGUUUUAUUAUGGGACCAAAAACUGGUUAUUUUGCUAGUUUGAAACAUCAGUUUAAGGUUAUUCAGGAAGAGAAAUAGAAGAGAGAGAGAAAACUCAGAACUUUGUGCUGGAGUUUGGGUAGCUUCAGCUUGUUGUAGGAAGUGAGUCCCACUUCUAUAAGUAGAAUCAGGAAGGAGAGAUAACAGAGUUAAAGGGAGGAGAUGGGGUGGUGGAGGGCUUCGGAAACUUGUCAUAACAAGUUCAUAGAAUUGUUAAAUUGGAAAGGGGAGGAGCUUUAGGCAUAUUUCUGGUUUUAAAACUUUAUGGCAUUACUCUAAAACAAAAAAAAAAAAACAUUUGUAGCACAUUAUUUUUACAAACUGUCUCUUCAGUGAAAAGUGAUUUAAUAUAAUUUACUCAAACAUUUAUCAUAUGUAUUACUUUUACAUAAACUUUCACUUUAGCACAGUUAUCUUGGCUCCAACUGUGUUAAUAAGAAAUAUUAUAUUCUGUGUUUUUAUAACUGAGCUCUUUCAAAAUUAGCCCUAUAUCAAGCACUAAUUGUUAUUCUUUUUAUUUUUUUAUAAAGCAUGCAUUUUUCUUUAAAUUCAUGAAGGCACUUAAAAUAACUUACUAUAUUGAAGAAAACAACUGAUUCCUCCCAAAGGGUCAAUAGCUAGUUAUUUGUUGGAAGGGCUCAUUUGUAGAAGUUAAACGUUAAAACGUUAUUAGGUGAUAAGCUAAUUGUGUUGGGUAUUGUUCUUCACCUUUUGGCCUAAAAUAAAACACUAAACCUUGAAAAACGGUAGAGCAGAUAUUGAACCAAUAGAACAAAUUGAAAGGCAGAGUGAGUGUUUAAUUUUGACACUACCAGUUACUCCCCACCUCUGGUUUUACAGCAGCAUCUCUUCAUACAAUAUUCAGUCUACACUUUUACCUCAGACUAUACAACUGAAGUUCGAGUCGGAGGUCAAAGUUCAGCAGGACCGUGUUUGUAAUAAACAUAUUGUAUUCCACACACAGAUUUCUAGUACCUAUUGUUUUAACAAAGCAUACUGUAUAUGUACAUAAUGUCCAAGAAUCUGUCUAUUAUUUAUUGGAUUUUCAAAUUGUAAAGCACGUCUCGGUUAUGCUGUGGUGAGCAGAGUCAAUAUAACGCAUAACAAAACUGAAACUGUGCAACAAAAUCUUGUGCCUGGUACUGUUUAUUUGGUGACUGUGUGUCUGUUUGUGUGUGGUGAUUUUAGAGUCUGUUGGGGUCCUCCAACUAGUUUUUGCACAG